AAGACGAGAGCUUACUUAAGUUGCGUUGGUCUAUCUUCCAUCCCCCGAAGGGCCGCUUGAGCCACAAAUUCAGCAUGCCGUCUCGGCCGCCGACAUCUGUCGUUGGCCGCUAUCAAGGUGGUCAUUCGCUUCGUGCAAACACGACGACUACAUUGGCCAACGCAGGCGUUUACCGGCAGUUGUUGCACGAGCACCAGGGCCGUAUUGUGACAAUGGCGUUACAGCAGCCCAAUAACUACGUAGUGGAAAACAAGAACGACGAGCACCACCACGACCGAAGAUUACGUCAAUCGUGCGCCGCAACCGCCUAUCGCAGCUUUUAUACGAAGACGAGGCUUUUGAGCAGUCGCUACUACGACGCGCGCGUGCGCCACUCGUACGGCCAAGCAACUUUGAAUGCCCGGGGAAGACACCAUGAUCAGCUCGGUUUUUCACACGAUCAUUCAAGCGCGGAGCAACUUCACGCACAAGAGGACCCAACUGUACACUUCGUCUACCCACAAGACCCCCUGUUCGCUUCUCGUCGAGAGCAGCGCUACUUCGACGACGCGGCGAUGCAACGGGUGGUGCUGGAGCGCAACAACGUGGGAAUGGGGUAUCUCGUCCUGAACGCGCCGACAGACGCGUUUCGGACCAGCCAGUGUUCGACGAAGGUGGGUCUUGACUUGCCGAGCGUGAACCUGCUGAUCACAAAACUGCGCGAUCUCGAGGUAAACACCACAAAACGGUUUGUGUGCCUCACACACAACAUGGAUGAUACGAUCGAAACGUGCGAGCGUCGAAAACACUUGCUCGGGGCGGAAUUCGAGCACGCCGGCUUUGUCUUUGAAGGGCUCUCGGAGUUCGACCUGCUGCUGCUUUCUGCUGCCGAACAGCGCGACAAAAUAAAACACAGAAGGCAUGGCUAUUGGUCAACAGUGCGCAAACCUAGAAUCUCGUCAAGCACUGGCACCGCCUUUCCCGAAACUACGAUUACGAACGGAGGUCCUCCAGUCGACGACGUUGAGGAUUCCUCGUCGUACGACCCGUCUGUUGCUGCCUUGAAUGUGGAAGAAGAUGGCUCUACAGGACCACGUCCCGCCGCUGUCACGAGCACUUCUUCGCUGGUGAUUCGAACGUUUCUGAAGCACUUUCAGGAGCUAACGUUGACUAUUGCCGACUACCGCAAACCGCUGCUCACACACUUUCCCGGUUACGUGCUCCAGGAGGGCGUUGCCACGCUGUUCUUCAGCGAGUAUUCCUGCGCCAGUAGGAGCACCAAGGUCCGCUUCCCCGACCUGCACGCCAAACCGCUACUCGGGGGCUUGUCGCUGCUGCUCGCGAGCAAUUCGGUCGCGAAAUUUUGCGCGCUGUCCAACCUGGAACUCCAGGGAGCGGACAGUGUGUACGCCAAUCUCGCCAAGUACUGGAUCGCCGGGCAGGACGCGUUUGACUUGUUGCAGCUGUGCGCGGAGAAAAUCGCGUUCGCCACGACGGAGCAAGACGGGAGGCUGCUGCUGAAGGAGCAUUUUCUCGAACUGCCAGAGGCCUCCCCGUGGUUCAAGCGCCGGUGUGCACUCAUUUCACGAAUCAUGCGCAACACCGCUGGGAACGAAUCCGACACGGAACAACCUUCAGCGCGAGCUUCUCUGGCGAGGAAAGCAGACGUGGACGAUAGCAACGACGACCACCACGAUGAGCAGCAGGAAGUUCGACGGGAGGAAGAUGGCCAGGCGCACCCGGAGAACAGCCUUAAUACAGGAGGUGGGGAUGAGUCAUCUGCAAGCAGGGUAUCGCCCACGACGCCCAGGACAGCGAAAUUUGAUUGGCGACGCCAGGUGAAUACGUGGCAGCGCGAGGCAAUCGCGGCAAUCAGCGGCACGAUGGGAGAGAGCGCUGCGGAUCAUCACGUCACUUCCGCGGCGACAAAGGACGCCUUGUCCUUCGUAACCAGCUGUAUGCGGUACUUCCGAGAAGACGAAAAAUUCCGAUUCGACAUAAUUCAUCCCGACCGGAAAAAUACGGCGACGUUGGACAUAAAAACAGAAAAAGGCGGUGAGUUCGGGGACAGCAGCGAUCAAGAGACCUUUCGGAAAGCAGGGAGUGAGGAGUCAUUUAGUGGUGGUGUUUGCAUCCAGCAAGAACAAGCGGAACUGGCGCGCCAAAAAUUCACCUUCGCGUUGAACUGGGUCCUGAUACAGAAAGCGCACCAAGCAAGGUUGGAUACUGUCAAAAUGGCUGGCGACCAGCAAAACGUCAAUCGACUGUUCAGCAGCACCAGCAAAAACCACUCCGGGAGCGCUGCGUCCAGGUCCACACAACAACAUGAGCACUAUCUUCGCGAGGAGGAGCACCGGCACCGGAGCCGCAUCGUGGACACCCUGACGCUGCCCCGUGUCCUGGCGAUGGAACUCAAGGCAGCGGAGCUGCAUCGGCAGUAUAUGGCAGAGGAUACAAGUGUCGUGGUUGACUUCGUGCAAGGGCAUGGUGUGAACCUUUUCGACGCCCUGUCAGAGCUCUUGGACGAGGACGGUCAUCAACAUGCCUCCCGAAGAGAAAACGCAAGAGGGAAAUUAUCUGCAGGUGGAUGCGAACGAGCAGGAGAAACUUCUAGGCAGGAGCCAAGAUCUUUGCAUUCUUUCGGCGACACUGACACAACGACAACGACGCCGGUCACCUCCGAUUACUUUGACAGCUGUGUGUUGAACCGAACUGAGUUCGCACUGUCGGCGGUGCCCUGGGUUCGGAAAUUCCACCCAGACUACGACGAAGAAACGAAGGCGGACCACGAUUUGGUACAGGGACAGCGAGACAAACACCGCUUCUCGGAAAAUUUCCUGCAGCAAGAACUUUUUGAAAUCAAGCAGAGCGUCUGUCCCGACCUCGUGCAGCGCUUUCAUUGAAAUCGAAAAUUCAAAUACUAAUACUCAUCUUGUCAAAAAAUGAGAAUGAGACUGCGAGACAAGUGCGUGACUAGCAAAAGUUUCUUCAUAAAUUUGAGAGCUCAUGAUUGUAGUUUCAGAACCAGAACAAGUUUUCUUAGCGUCACACAGAAAGUACACAUGUUUGAAAGUGGUUUCGCGACGGAUGAUGACAAUCUGGUCGGUGCCGUGUGACGAUGGGAGUUGAAGUUGUGCAGGUGACACUCAUACAUUCAUUGUUCCGAAAAAUCCGCUGGAGAUCCUUCAACAGAAGCUGCAACAACAAUGUUGUCAUCAGCUACGAUAUGGAUAGGCACGUUUUAGGACAACGUAUCGAAAUAAUUUUGUUGUUUUCCUUCUCUACUUUUAGCAAGAACAGUUGAAAUUCUG